AUGGCGGGCAACACCAAUGUCAAGAUAUCGAUCAAGAACACCGGAUCCGAGCCUUUGCGCCUAGUCAAAGUUGAUGGUCUUCUAAGCGACUUGGCCGUCAACAAGGUCACCGUCGUGAAAGAUAGCAACAAGCUCCCUUUCUACGGUAUCCACGUUGACAUCGACGUCACUAGGCUGGAGGCCUCUUCAUUCCAGACUUUGCCAUCCUCAGAGACAGUCGACGUGCACUUCGAUAUCGCCCAUGUUUACGAUCUUGGCGCUGGCGGUAUGAUCGAUUUGGUGUCGCAAGGCACCUUCCUCUAUGCGACCUCUGGAUCAUCGGCCUUAGAGACCAUCUCCUUCGUCUCGAACACUCUUACCGUCAACAUCGAUGGAUCUGAAGCAGCCGCGACCCGUCAGACUUGGCUUUCGAGCGUUUGGAAUGCCGAAUUCAACCUCCAAGGCGGUUGCACGUACGAACAGUACGACAUUCUAGACCAAUGUCGCAGUCUGUGCUCAGAUCGCGCCUAUUCCGCCUGGCAGAACUCGCUUUCCGACGCUGGCAAUCACACGAGGAUCAUGGAGUUCUUCAAGGACGACACUGAGCAGAUUCGCAAGAAGCUCAACGACGGCUUUCUCGCCAUGGGAUCUGAAUGUCGGAACAUGAACGAGGGUCGUGUCAAGAUCUUUUGCAACAACCUCGACGGCUGUGAACCGGGUGUAUUGGGAAUGACUGUGUGGGCUGGCGAGGAACUUCACGUCAGGUUCUGCCCGUUUUGGUUCGAUGCGUGGUACCAGAUUGAUCAUCCAGAAUGUCAUGAAGGCGACAAGACCAAGACGAUGAUGCAUGAGCUCUCUCAUGCACUGUUCAGCGUCGGAGAUGUCAAAUACGGAUACGAUAACUUUAUCACGCUCAACUCCACGGAUAACCUCAACAACGCGGACACUUAUGCAUUCUUUGCCAAAGCAACCUUCUGCGACCAUAUCAAGAUACAGGUGUUUGCCAAGCAGCCUGCCUCAGCCUAUUGGAACCUGAGUCAGCGCGACUCGGCGUUUCUGCGAAACAUACUCAGACCCUUCCUCGAGCAUCGAGUGGUCGCGCUGUACGGCGCCAAUCACGUUCUCCCCACGCAUAUCAACAAGAUUGUCGAUGUUCUCAUGAACGUCAGCGGUGACACCUCGCCUGAAAAGCGCUCUAUUUGGGUCCGCGGUGUAAUCGGCGCUCUGAUCAAAACCGCGAAUAUCUGCAAGCUCGCUUAUAAGCCGAGUGAUAAGAGCAAGAGCAGGGUAAUUUCGUCAUCGGGGCGUCAAGAGGCUCUGAGUGUCGCGGUCAUCAUGGGAAAGAGGGAUACUGUCUGCGCACUUACUACCGAGCAGGGUGCCAUGUGGACAAAGUGCUCGACAGGAUCUGAGCUGGGUUGUGCGCUGGAGUUGGCCGUGCAAAACGAUGACCUCGAUCUUGUUGAGGUCCUACUAUCUCAUACUCAGCGAUCAACUGUGAGCCAGAUCAUGAAAGUACAAACCAUGACGGUCGUAAGCGGCAUUAUGCAUGCUAUCCGGAGCAAUGAGCCCAUCGCGCUGGUUUUGCUGGAAUGGUACAUCUCAAAUGCCAAGCACAAGGAGAUACGCUACCUCAUGGACUGGUUCGAAGAAGCCUGCGCAUCUGAAUUGAUGAGCUUCCUAGGUAGGCUGAUCGCACUGUCCACGCCAACUAUGCGAAAAGAAUUCAGGAAGAGGUUCCUCACGAUAGCCGAACCGUGUUCCAACGCAUAUAGCAGGCGCCAUCGUUUCCAUCCUCAGCUCUUCCGUGUUCUCGUAUCCUUCUUGUUGGAUGCCGGUCUGUUUGACCGCAGCAGCAUGAACUCAUCCGAAUGGACAGAGCGCGCUCAAUUCCACGGUCUGAUCAACACUGCGGUACGGAGAGGAGACUUGAAUGCACUUGAGCGCGUCAUGGCGGCCAGCGCAAAUUCUGAUCGCCUACGCCCCGAUGCCAAGGGUCUGUCAACUUCUCUGCGCCACGCUACUCAACAAUGCCGUUUCGAUAUCUGCAAGUUGUUGAUAGAUCACGGCGCGAAUCCUGAUCUCAAUCUUGGUACUCAACACCCGAAAUAG